GCUAUGGCGGCCGCGGCGCUAGCGGCAGCAUUGCGGGAGUGGGCGACGGCGGUGGCGCGGCGGGACGCGGCGUGGCGGGCGGCGCUGGCCGCCUGGGCGCCGCUGCUGGGCUCGUUGGCCGGGCUGGCCGCACAGAUGCGGGCAGGGCAGCGGCUAGCGUGGGGCGGGUCACCGCUGGGCGCCUUCGGCGAGCUGCGGGCGCGGCUGUGGCGAAAGCAGCGCGGCGCGGCCGAGGCGCUGCUGGAGCAGCUCGGCAGCCGGCGGGUGGACCUGCGGGCAGUGCGGGACGCCGUGGGGGCCGGCGUGGCCGUCGUCCUGCGGCUGUACGAGGAACGGGCGGCGGAGCUGGGCCUGGCGGCGGCUCUGCGGCGUGGGCCACGCGCCCCUUCGCUGGCAGACGCACUGGAGGGGCUGCAGGACGUAGAGCGCUAUUACCGGCACCUGUACCUGGAGAGCAAGCUUCUCCUCCUCCGCAUCAGCUGUGACAGCCUGGCAGACAUGGAAGUACUCCCACAGUCUUGGGAGAGGAUUUUGGAGCGCUACAAAGCAGACGUUGUUCAAGAUACACUUCUCAUGAUCUCUCUGUUUGUGGACAACCACCGAGAGCUGUGCUGCUCACCAGGCUCCUGACACACAACAGCAGGGACUGAUGUUGACCAGCUUCUACAAGUCUGGGAUGUUCUGAGGUGAUCACGAUGAGGAGGAUGGAUUGAGGAAGCCUAACUGCUGCCUUUUGGAAGCUGAAUGAGUUGAGUACUUGGCCUCAGUAGGAAAUGCUUGGACUGUUGCAUUUUCAAGUGGAAAGGGGCCUGGUGUCUGAAGCAGAGGCUGAGCUGAACAAGGGGUGAAGAUAGAAGGGUGUCAUCUUCAGCUAUGGAAGUCAUCCUCUUUGGCCUGCCAUGGAUAUUAUUGUAUACUGAAAAAAAUGCUGAGACUUACUAACUUGAGGUGUGCUGCAAAUAAGUGAGCAUAACAUAAGGUCCAGCAGAGUGACACCAAGCAAGAAAGAUGUAUCGGUAGCAUCCGUACAAAUAAAUAAAAGAUGUCAAAGCAGAUCUGA